CCAAACAUAUAUAACAUAUCUUGAGAUAAACUCUAUAUAUACAUAUAUCUUUCACCAAACAUAAAACACAUCUUGUACUAAACACACACACAUCCUACUCCCCAAACCCUAAAUCAGAAGAAAAAGAGAAACUGCAACAUCAUAACAUCACAUUCGCAUGUGCUUUUCCUAACCCUAAAAUCUCCAUACCGAGAAAAAGAAGAAAAACAAGAAGAACUUUAACAUGUCAGCUGCCGUGGCCGCCGCCGCUGCCGCCGCCAUGUCAGUGUACCAGCACAGCUCCUCCUCGAGACAAGAACAACACAGAGACCACGAAUUGCCCUUAACACCACAACGAGUGUGUGUGUCUCCACCUCUGAGCCGGUACGAGUCACAAAAGCGGCGCGACUGGAACACCUUCGGACAAUACCUGAAAAACCACCGACCACCUUUGACUCUCUCGCGCUGCAGCGGCGCGCACGUGCUGGAAUUCCUCCGCUACCUCGACCAGUUCGGAAAAACCAAGGUUCACGCCGAAACCUGCGCGUACUUCGGAAACUCCCACCCUCCGGGUCCUUGCGCGUGUCCCCUGAGACAGGCGUGGGGCAGUCUCGACGCGCUCAUCGGCCGGCUACGCGCAGCCUUCGAGGAGAACGGCGGCACGCCGGAGAUGAACCCGUUCGGGACACGCGCAGUGAGGCUGUACCUCAGGGAAGUGAGGGACGCGCAGGCCAAGGCGAGAGGCAUAGCUUAUGAGAAGAAGAAACGGAGAAAUAAGCCACAACAUAGUGGACAUGAUCAUCAUGAUGAGGUGAUGGUGAAUUAUUCUUCAGGGUAUGGUGGUGGCUUUGUUCCUCAGCAGCAAAUGUUGUCUGAUUCGAAUGGAACGGCUUCUACAUCUGAUGGGGUUUCGUAUUUCUCAUCAUCAUCGUCCCAGUGUGGUGGGUUUAAUUGAUUGUGAUCAUUCGUGUGUUAUGAUGCAUGGUGGAAAAUUAACGAUUAAUGAUACUAUUAUUAUUAUUAUUAUUAUAUUCUAUUCUAUGGUUAGUGAUGUGGUAGGGUUCAAGGAUGAUGCACACCUAGUGUGGUCAUUAUCAGAAGCUUGUCAGGGGUAGUAUCUAAUUGAUAGCGGAAUUUCGUUUCUAUGUAGAAAAGCAUGGUGAAAAGUUGAAGGAAUUCCUGCAUUAUAGAGCUUGCAAAGUGCAAAGUAUUGUAUAAUUAAUAAGUGUGAAUUUGAUUAAUGACAAUAGUAUUUAUAGUC